AUGAAGGCCUUUGCAGCUUCCAUCACGGCUUGGCUCUCCGCGGGCACCGCUCAUGCCGCCAUAGCAAGUGUAGCAGCCACCCCAUUCCUGAAUCAGGUCGAUAACCAAACAUGGAUCAUCGGCAACGAUGUGUGGAACAUGACCCAGGGCUUGCAGUUCGGCGUCAAGCUGUACUACAAGGACCGUGACCUCGUUGGCGAUGCCUGGGGCCACUACGUCAGCUACAACGGCGCGGCCAACAACCUCGCCUGGACCUCCGCCCGCAUCGUCACCAACGGAACCUACCACAGCACCCCCUUCAUCGACGUCCUCUUCACCGCAGCCGAAGGCGACAUGCACUGGGUCAUCUUCCAAGGCCAGCACGGCGCCUAUCAGUACUUUAUCAACCACGCUUUGCCCGACCUAGGGGAGUUCCGGACUCUCUGGCGGUUGGACAACACCACGUUCCCCAAUGGACGCACGGUGACCAAGGAUGGGCCGUUGCCGCCGUUGAGCGAGUAUGUGGCGGCGAAUAAGGUGCAGGAUGAGACGUGGUUGGCGCCGGAUGGGAAGGGGUAUAUUACUAAGUAUGACUGGACGAGUUGGUUGCGGGAGCAGGAUUAUUAUGGGGUGUAUGGGGAUGAGGUGGGGAGUUGGUACAUUAAUCCGGGCAAGGACUACUAUAAUGGCAACCAUCUUCGACAGGAGUUGAUGGUCCAUCGAGAAUCCGGCACCGGCGAUGCCGUCCAGCUUAACAUGGUCCACGGCACUCAUUUUACAGCCUCAUCCAACGACGCCUUUCCCGACGGCAAGAUGUGGGGUCCAUGGCUUUGGUAUUUGAACAACGGUUCCCAACCCGACGCAGCCGCCCAAUCCCACAAAGAAUCCGCUUCCUGGCCCUACCCCUGGCUCAAAGACCCAGCAUACCAAACCCGCGGUCGUGUCUCCGGCCGUCUCGUUCUUUCCGAUGGUCGUCCCGCCUCCCACGCAGCUGUCUUCCUAGGCGAUAACCACCCGAACAAGACAUCCCUAGACAUGGGAUCGACGUACUACUACACCACUUACGCUGACAAGUCCGGUAGGUUUGAGUUCCGCGACGUCCGCACCGCGACGUAUGGUUUGCAAGCGUGGCCGACACCGAAUUCGUCGAUUGUUGAUGUCACGACGACGCUGCUGCGGAAUGAUGUGGUGGUGGGCAAGAAAGGAGUGACACAGUUGGGGGAGGUUGACUGGGCGAUUUCGAACCGAACAAGGGUAUUUCAGGUCGGGGACUUUGAUCGGUACAGCUACGGCUUUGAGUACGGUGGUGCAGCAUGGCAGCAUGCGUUGGUGAACAACUGCCCGGCAGAUUUGGUGUUCAAGGUUGGGGUGAGUGAGACGGGGGAGUGGUGUUUUGGACAGACUUAUUUGGGGAACUGGACUAUCGAGUUUGAUCUUUCGGAAGAUCUAGAAGCCGAGAAGGACGCCCUAUUGACAGUGUCACUGGCGGGAUAUUCGAGCGGUGCGAGUUCGACUGUUUGGGUGAAUGGGGGCACGAAAGUGGGCAAUUUGACGAGUGGUGCGCCUCAGUUGGCGAAUGACCCAUCGUUGUACCGCAGUGCGACAGCGGCUGGAGAGUGGAGGCUGUUUGAGUUUGGGUUUGGUGCUGGUGUGUUAAAGAAGGGCGUCAACACCAUCACGUUUGAGUUGACCAAGAACUCAACUUGGCACGGGUUCAUGUGGGAUAGUGUGAUUCUCGAGUUGUGA